AUGUACAAAUCACGGUCUCGCCGACGGAGGUAUAUGCUCGCGCGCAUGCCCGCUGCACGGCAAGUUCCAGACGAUGUGAUUAUUUGGGAGGAAACUCACGCUGAAAAGCUUGCCAAGACCACAGCCCGGACAGGCUCUUGCACGUCCAAUUCUUCUAUGCUGGACGAACCAGAUCAUGUUAUUUCUAUUGAUAAGCAAAUCAAGCACCUUGCUGAGUUUCUCUACAGAACUGCGGACUCAGACACCGAAUGUCUUUUACAAGUCUUGCGCCGCCUGGUGGAUGUACCACAUCCUGUGAUUGAUACGGACACAUCCGUUGACAUGAUGCCCAACUAUCGCGCUUGGACACAAAUGUAUCCUGUUCCACCUAUUUGUACAGGUCGCGAUGUGCAUGCGGUAAUUCAUUACUUACGUGUACAUGAAUAUGUGCACAUUGACAACCCGAACGAGUCCAACAUGGAGUGUGUAACUGUUCAUUGGCAUCCAGAAAAAUGCUUGGAGUCCAAGUUGCCUUUUCAUCUUGCAGAUAUUGUCGACAUUCGUGCAUGGUCAAAGUUUACGCACCAAGGCGAAAUGCACGUGUCCAUGGAUGCUCAAGAAGCGCUUAUGCAGCAGCUAUAUGCGUUUCUUGUUCAUGUCAUGUACGAGAUUGUAACUGUGGCAGAGCGUUCUCAAGUUCCUACCAUGGUGGACGAUCAACUAGUAUGGACAUGCAUAGCCCGGCUUGGGCUUGUAUCAGUAAAUUUAUCUCUGAACCCGGAUCUCUUGGCAUCAAUGGCACGCAUUCGAGCCGUGUCGGAGCCACCCGUUGCAUGGGCUUCAAUGUCGGAUCCGUCACACAACGAUGUACCAAGGGAAGAUUGCCUAUCGGAUCAAAGUUUGUCUGAAGAGAACAGCUCUGAGGAGGAAAUGCUGAAUUCCAUGAAUGAAGACGAUGACGAAGUAUUGUCAGACGAGAGUUCAAGUGCGGUCACAGAUGAUUCGUAUAUCGCCGAUUCAUUUAUUGAUGACGAGCCAGUGGUAUCAGAGCUGGAAGGCACGAUCGGUACUUUUGGCACGCUUGUCCCAUUUGAAUAUGCCCCUGCUCUUGACGAGGAAAUUCAUUGCGAACCUUUGAGAUCUCCGAUUCAAUCAGAGACCAAUGGAGUCGAUGUGGAAGAGGAAGGGGAAGAAGAGGAAGAAGAUAUAGAAGAGGAUGAAACAGUAUUGGAUGGUCACAUCGAUGUGCAAGAUGAGCGAGACGCUCAACAAUACGUGACACGUCUUAGACACGACUGGAUAGAACAAGUGUCUACGAAUGUAUCAGAUGGGGAAUCAAAACGGCCAUCAGAAGCAUGA